GUGACAUGAAUGAAAUUAUUACUACUUGAUUUGUAUGUGAAAUAAAAAAGCCUGAAGGGCGGGUGUCUGACAUUUUCCCGGUAAUUCUUGUACUAUCGAAAUUUAAUUUAGUUGUGAUAAUUAGUUAAAGAUUAGCGUAGUUUUUAAUUGUCCGAUGUUUUAAGAAAAUUUAAAGAGUGCCUUUUCUCUCGUGAAUAUAAAAAUUAUGGCUAAUGACGUUAAGAGAUUUCUCAAGGAAUACAACGAGUUGCAAACUUCGGAGUUCAAUAUUAAUCCUAAAAUUGUAGGAAACUAUAAUUUAAAUAGGCAAGAUGUUGUAACGCAAGUCAUAGAUUGGGCUCUGAACUAUUUGGAAGAGAGGAAAUGUCCAUAUAAUCUAGCUGUGUCAAUAGCUAAAGAAACAGCUGAACAGAUAGAGAGUAGCAUUUCUGAGCAACAAUUAAAAGAAAACUCAACAUCUGAUGGAAAAUUGCUGAAUUCUCUCACUCUAUAUAAUGAUGCGGUAAAGAAGUUGACAUUGAUAUGCAAAUCCUAUUUAGAGAAAAUGAAUGAAAUAGAUAUUCAACAACCCCCAUUAGCAUAUACUGCAUCUGUGUUUGCUGUAAAAAAUAAGCGGCGCAAAAUGGAAGAUAGACAUGUAAUUCAUCACGAUUUGAAUUUGCUGUUGAACCUAAAGGAUUGUCCACCUCAUAGUUAUUAUGCUGUUUUUGAUGGACAUUCUGGUGUAGAUGCUGCUAGUUAUGCUUCAGCCCAUCUGCAUGUCAACAUAGCAAAUCAUCCUGAUUUUCUGACAGAUACUCCAACAGCAAUUACGGAAGCAUAUAAAAUUACAGAUCAAAAUUUUAGCAAUAAAUGUUUUCAAGAGAAUUUAAAAAGUGGGACAACUGCUGUGUGUGCCUUAUUUAGAGAAAGAACAUUUUACUUAUCCUGGGUAGGUGAUUCUCAAGCAGUUUUGGUGAAAGAAGGAAUACCUGCUAUUGUGACAAGUCCACAUAAACCUGACAGAGAAGAUGAAAAAAAAAGAGUUGAAGAUCUUGGUGGAAGCAUACAAUUUAUUGGAACUUACAGAGUGAAUGGAAUGCUCGCAGUCACCAGAGCAAUCGGUGAUGCUGAUCAUAAACCUUUCAUUAGCAGCGAGCCAGAAAUAACAGUUGUUAACCUAGAGGGCAAUGAGGAUUUCUUAAUUUUAGCGUGUGAUGGCGUGUGGGAUGUUAUGUCACCAGAAGAUGUGGUUGCUGCUUUGUAUUAUAAUUUAUUGGAGAAUGGGCAAGAUGAUCCUUUUGACACAAUGGCUGCAAAACUGGUACAUCAAUCAAAACUUCAAGGUUCUGAAGAUAACAUAACUGCUGUUGUUAUCUUUCUUAGAGAUAUCCAGCUUAUAAAAGAGGCUGCCCAGAAGUAUAUUCCUAAUUUAUCCAAAGCAAACUUUCAGAUGAAUUUUUUUGAAAAUGGUGAGGAAAAAUCAUUGAUUGAUAAGGUAACAAGUACACCUAUAUGUAAGCCAAAUGUACUGGAGUUUAAUUAUUCAUCGAUAAAGAAAUUAAAAAACACAGCUAACGUUUUGAGUGCUGCUGGUUUGGGAGAUUCGUUUACAGAUUAUGUAGAAACUUAUCAUGCUUCUAAUUUUGAGAAGCUUUCUGAAAAGCCUGUACAUACUGUUGUGGCACCUGAAGCAACUGCUCUCAGUGAACUUCCAACUCCUCCAAUUGAUGAUGUGAUGGCUUCUCAGCAAUUUGAGAAUAUUUGUUCAGCCAAUUUAGCUCAAAAAUUUGAACUUGUUUCUCCUAGCACUAAUUCUCCAUUUGAGGAUUUUAAGGAUCAAAAAACAGCUGAAAUUAUUUCUGAAAAUGAUAAAAACAUUCUGUUAAAUGAAGAAUUGUCACCAGAGGAAGCUGUUGAUAUUGCAUCCACUGUUGUAUCCAAUGCCAUUGAAACCGCUGUGAAGUGUAUUUCUGAAAAAGAAUUUAAUGAAACCAAAGUUCACAUGAGCCCCCAAAAACUGAAUCCAUAUGCAGAACCUUUUGUUAUGAAAUCUUUUAUUCCGUCUGAAACUGUUGAAUGUAACUUGGUUAAUAUUUGUCCUUCUGCAUCUGAUUUAACCUCUGUUAUGGGAAAUACAGGCUUAACUUUUAAUAAAGAGAAAGAGCUUAUAAUGUCAGAAACUAUUUCUACUGAAACUAAGGAUAACAUAGAACCCACUACAUGCAGCUCAUCUAUAAUUGAAAAGGCUCAAGUAUCUGUUAAUGAGCUUACUUUAGCAUCAACUGAUUUAGACGGCGCUACAAAACUACCAGUACCUGCUAAAUCUGAGAUGCGUAGUGAAAACUUAUCUUUAAUAGCUGAUAUGGAUAUCUCGCUCGUAAAUAAUUCUGCAUUUGGUGAAUUUGACACACCAGAGAAUAAAAAUUUAUUGAUUAAGGAGGAUCUACGAAUGAAUAGAUCUUCACAACAAAUAAUUGAUAACUUUGUAAACACUGAAUUGAAAGAAAAUAUUUCAGCACAAAAUUUAUUUGAUGUUUUAAAAACUGAAGAAAAUAAAACAGAGGAAAGUAUUAUUGAAGUAUUUUCACAAGAUAUUGUUAUUGAAGUUUCAGAUGAAAAGUCUCCCUUAGGAGAGUUUCUAGAAAUAGAAAACGCUAGUUCAAAUGAAAAUGACAAAGAUUUUCUUAAACAUGGUGAUGAAGAUGUUUGUAACUCUGAAAUUUCUUUAAUUCAAAACACUCAAAAUAUUGAAUUAAUUGAUAUCUCCUCAGAUAUAGUUAAUAAUGAUCUUCUAGAUUUAAAGACUGGGUGCAUAGGAACUGAUAUUCCUGUUGAAAGUAAUAGCAUUGUAAAUGAAUUGUGUGUUACAGAGAGUUCUCCAGUUACAGAUUCCUCAAGUGUUUCAAUUCAUGAUGACCAGGUUCGUAGAGAGCCACCAAAAUCUGACAUAAAAGAAGAAAAUGCUGUACAAUUACCAGAUGAUAAGAAACCAGAAGUUGCUUUAAUUUUGGGAGGAGUAUCGUUACCUCUUGUCGAUGAUACAGCAGCAGCUGUGUUACCUACAGAUCACUCAGAAGAAUGUCAUGUUGAAACAGUUGCUGUUGAUUUGCAGUCUGUGCCAGUUGGUGUUCCAGAAGCAGAAGGUGUCACUGAAGAUGUUGAUUCUGAUUCUGAAAAGGACGGUGGUUGGAGUUAUAUGAAAGGCAAUGCGGCUGGUGAGAAAAAUAAAUCUUCUGAGAAAUCCUCUAAGCAAGAAACCCCAAAGUUAAAAAGAGAUGCACAAAAAUCUACUGAUAUCAAAAGCAAAGUUAAAAGCACUGUUGGUGUGGAAAAAAAUAAAAAAUUACUUGCAGAAAAGAAGCCUCUAGAAGUUAGAAGCAAAUUGUCUAAGCCGACGUCAACAAUCGCAAGUAAGACAACUGACAAAGCAAAAGUUCCAAUUACUGGAACAUCUACAACAGCUAAAAAACUAAUUCCAGCUGCUAAAAAUACAAUUCCCUCUAGUAAAAUGUCUAGACCCACUACUGUUCCUCGAAAUGCUCCGACUCAAAACAAAUCUGGAGUUACAUCGUCCGUAAGCCGAAUACAAACUUCUACGAAGCCUGCUUCAGCCAUUAAUACCAAAGUGAAACCUAAUAAUGGAGUUAGUACUACUUCUACUCAUACUACAAGUUCUUUAAUUAGAAAGCAGCCUUCUACUCAAAGUAACAAAACUAGUACAUUGUCAUCUGCUCGCACUACUUUGAAUCGUCCAGCAACUGCAACAGUUCCUAACAGAGCUUUAUCAGCUACAAAGUCAACUACUUUACCAAAAUCUUCGUUUGAAUCCAAACCAAAGCAAACAUCUACAACUUUAAGACAAACUGUUUCAUCCACUUUGAAAAAGCCUGAAAUUAAGGAAACCAAAGAGCUAUCUAACAAGCAAUUAAGUGAGAAAAACAGCCCUCUUCCAAAGAUCCCAAGCAAAGGAAUUUCUUCAAAUGUCAAUAGUACUCUUAAAUCUUCCGCUUCUGGGAUUAGCAAAACUGCACCAAAACCUAAUGUUCCUUCGAAAAGAGAGUUGAUUAAAAAUGUGCCAAAGACUCAAAUAUCUCGUCUUGCUCCUAGAAACAAUAGUCAAGUUAAACCUACCAGAGAUUUAGCCAAACCAGUAGCCACAGAUUCUACUAAACUUACAACCAAGCAUUUACCAUCAUUUUCCAAAAAAGCAAUACAGAAAACCAACCAAAUAGUUGAAGCUGAUGAUAAAAAUACAAAUGAAUCAACACCUUCUGAAGAGGAAAAGCUUUUACGGGAAGUCAAUGAUGUGGAAAUUUCUACUAAAGAAUUGGCUGAUUGCGCUACUACUGAUGCUGUUCAUGAAAAGACUCCUAUGGAAAAUGGAUGUAACUCUGAAGAGGAAGAAAAAGUAGUAAAAGAUGAACCAACACCCAACCCUGUUGAAAGUUUACUGUAAUGGAAUAUGAAAUUUUAAAAUUUCUAGUCUCUUAAGCGAUCUCUGUUAACUUUGAUUAUAAGUUUUUCUGCAAAGUGUGAUUUGAAAUUUAUAAUUGAAUUUUAAGAUUCUGUUUGUAAUUCGAAUAUUUUAUAUAUUUUUUUAAUUAAAAAUAUAGAUGCCCUUUCAAAUCUAAUUUUAUUUUCUCUAAUUGAUUUAAUCUGAACUUUGUAAUGGUUGUUUUUACGUGUUCAUCAGUGUAUAUUUGUAAUUAAUAUCAGGUGAAUUUUUUUCUUUUAUUUCAUAGAAUGAUAAAUUUUAGAAAACUUCUUAUGAACUUUUUUAAUAGUUUUAUCGACACUGUCAUAGCUUUAUACAAAUUAUUUCUAAUAUGUGAUACAACUAUUAGUUUUUAAUUGUUAAUUCUAAAUCCCAAGUAAUGCUUGUGUGUAAAAAAAAAUACAUUUAAAACUGAAAAGCUUAAUUGCAUUGAUUUAAAAUCUCUUGAAUGAGUGGCAGCUAAACUGAUGUGGUAAAGUCCAACCACCUUAACCAGGGUUGAUUGUAUUGUACUGAAAUGGGUCAAGCUUCACAACUUCCUCCUUUCUCCCAGAAUUUUCAGCAAAACUAAAAAAAAUAAAUUUAAAAAAUAUUUAAGUAAAUGUAGUCUUUUUUUUUUUUUUUUUUUUUUUUAACCAUUAGUAAGAACUUCUAAAAAUUUCUUUAAUUUUUUUUCUGCUCCUGAUUAAUAGUGUCUUAGUUAUUGUAUAGAAAAAGUUUUUUUCUUUUUAAAAUAUUAGAUUAUAGAUAGGAAUGAAUACUAAAUGUUACUGUAAAAGUAGGUGAUCAAUUCUUUCAAUUGGAUAUCUAUUAAACUGAAAGAUAUCUAAAUUUAGCUCCUAAUUUGACAACUGGCUAUAUUUAUUUUAAAUUUUUUUUUUCUGUUAUUUUGCCUGGGAAUUUUUGGAGAGAAAGGACCAAAGUCUUUGCCAAGCUUGAUCUUGGCAUAUUUUGAGGUUUUUUUAGCCUAUAAUCUUCAACUAAAGAUUGUCUUCUAUGGAUCUUUUUAUCAUUACAAAUGAAAUAAAAUAUUUCAAAUUUAAAAGUAAAGCUAAAUUUUUGUAAUUAAAACAAAAUAUUUAUCUUAGACAUUGGCAGUUAUGUUCAGUUGUAUAUUAGCUUAAAAUUUGCAUUUAGAAAUAUUGAAGUGCCUUUAACUUGUUGUAAAAUUUGUACAUUAUUUUUCCCCCCAGCUGAAAAUUGUUUAAAGUUUUAUCCAUCCAUGUUAUAUAGAAAUUGCUAUUGUUGGAGAAAUUUAUGUGUAAAUGUAAAUACUAAGUUACUGUUGCUUAAUUGUAUCUGCCUAAUGCCUAUUAAUUUGAACACUUUACUUGUCUUUGCUUUGUAUUUCUAGGUUUUGCAUUUGAUUGGGAAUUGCGAUUCUUUUUAUUAUUAUUAUUCAUUAUUACACAACUUGAUAUAAAUUUGUUUUUAUCAUGUAUGUGUGUUUUUAAAGGUAAUAAGUUUGUCUACUUUGGUUCCAUUCAAAAUCAUUGUCUAAGUUUUUUUUUUUUUAAUGUUUUAUGAAGAUCUGUCCUUGGCUUAUACAUGUACUUUAUUUUGAUUUUAUUAAAUCUGUUUUUGAAUUAAAAUUUGUUUAAAUUGUCUUAUUAAACAGUUAACAAAAUUAAAUAACUAGGACACUCUUUUAUAAAUUAUUAAAAAUUUUGAUGGCAAUUUACUCUAAUAAUCAAAUAGGGUGAUGAUUAUAAUAAGAGGCUGUGGAGAAAUUAUGAACUAUUUUAUUUUUAGCUAAAUUUAAAAAAAUAAAUUGUCAAUAACUUAUAAUUAUUUACUUAUAAAUAUUUAACUUCAUUUUUAAAAUUUUUUUAUUUAUUUUUAAAAAAAAUCUUUAGUUUUUACAAUUAUUUUAUAAAUUAUUAUAAAGGAUAUAAAUUAUUUUUGAUUAAAAUGUUGUUCUUUUACUACCAAUUAUGGUUUUAAAAAUAAUGAAUAUGCAUAAUAAAUAAUGAAAAUACAUUACUACUGUAAUGACAGAGGUGUUUUAAUUUUCUAAUUCUUUAUAUCUGUAUUAAAAACAGUUCUCAAAUAUCUUAUAUUCUACAGAAUAUAUCUCUUUCUAAUGGUAGUUUUAGUAAUUUUAUUACUAUCAAAACUUAUCCAGUAAAAUAUUUUAUGUAAUUUUUAAAAUUUUCUCUUAUGUUCUUGAUGAAGGAUCAUAUUUCUACUUGAUGUGUACACAAUAGUAACUUAAUAUAAAUUUAUUUUUUUUUUAAAAGAUCUUUACAAUCUUGUUUCCUUUUUAGUGUUUAAAUCAUUUUAGAGAUAUAAAUAAACGUUUCACAUUUGUGCUAUCUCUUAUAUGUAUUUAUUUGGCUAAGCAAAGAAAAAUCAUUUUUUGUUCUAUAAAGUUAAAUGUCUGUACAGAUAGAUGAUAUAGAUCAAAAUUAAAUUUUACUGAAUUUUACAAGUUAAAAUGUUUUAUAUUGGAUUAGAACUAGUACAUUUAUAUACAGCAUUUGUAUCAAAAUAUUUAUUGCUAGUUAUUGCAAUUUUUGUACUGGUGAUGUGUCCCUGCAUUGCCAUUUUGCAUUUGUAUUCCAGAAUAAAUUGGGGCAUUUUUAGUA